UGUAAAGGCUUGUUAAUGACCGGUAGGACCAUUGUUGCUGAAGAGCAAUGGGACCAUUGGCAUGGUGAUGAGGGGAGGAUUGUAAUGUGGGUGGCAGCUCCGGCUUUAAUACGUGAAGGAUUGAUAACAACAGUAAUGGCUGUUCUCCUGAUAAUGUUCCUCUUGCAGUAUAUCCCUAAGGUUUACCAUUCUGUGUGUUUUCUCCGCCGAACACAAAAUUUUUCUGGCUACAUCUUCGGCACAAUUUGGUGGGGGAUUGCUCUCAAUCUGAUCGUUUAUUUUGUCGCAUCACAUGCGGUAGGCGCAUGCUGGUACUUGCUAGGAAUUCAAAGAGCAGCGAAAUGCCUGAAAGAGCAGUGCUCAUUGUUAGCUGCAACAGACGGAUGUCGUCGUCAAACCGUCGCCUGCGUCAAUCCCAUCUACUACGGCACCACAAACUCACCGAUCACUGGCAGAGAUAGACUAGCCUGGGCUAACAACUCCCACGCAAGAGCUACUUGCCUUGACAGCAGCAACAACUUCGAAUAUGGCUCCUAUAAAUGGACUGUCUCUCUCGUCACCAACACAAGCCGCCUGGAGAAAAUUCUUCUUCCCAUUUUCUGGGGCUUAAUGACUCUCAGCACAUUUGGAAACCUGGAGAGCACAACGGAAUGGCUGGAGAUCGUCUUCAACAUCAUCACAAUAACAUCUGGUCUCGUCUUGGUCACCAUGUUGAUUGGAAACAUAAAGGUUUUUCUGCACGCGACGACUUCAAAGAAGCAAGCUUUGCAUCUGAGGAUGCGGAGCGUGGAGUGGUGGAUGAAGAGGAAGAAUCUGCCGCAGGGAUUCCGGCACCGAGUGAGGCAGUAUGAGCGGCAGCGGUGGGCAGCGAUGCGAGGUGUUGAUGAAUGUGAAAUGGUGAGAAAUCUUCCGGAGGGGCUGCGGAGAGACAUCAAAUAUCAUCUCUGUCUGGAUCUCGUGCGACAGGUUCCUCUGUUCCAGCACAUGGAUGAGCUGGUUCUGGAGAACAUUUGUGACAGGGUGAAGUCGCUCAUCUUUCCCAAAGGAGAAACGAUAACAAGAGAAGGAGACCCAGUGCAAAGAAUGAUUUUUAUAGUUCGGGGACACCUGCAAAGCAGCCAGAUGCUUCGCGACGGCGUUAAGAGCUGCUGUAUGCUGGGUCCCGGCAACUUCAGCGGCGACGAGCUACUCUCAUGGUGCCUACGGCGGCCGUUCGUGGAGCGGCUUCCCCCGUCGUCGUCGACGCUGGUGACGCUGGAGACGACGGAGGCUUUCGGGAUUGAAGCGGCGGACGUGAAGUAUGUGACGCAGCACUUCAGGUACACGUUUGUGAACGAGAAGGUAAAAAGGAGCGCCCGGUACUAUUCGCCAGGGUGGCGGACUUGGGCCGCCGUGGCGAUUCAAUUGGCGUGGCGGAGGUAUAAGCAUAGGAAGACGUUGACGUCCCUGUCCUUCAUAAGGCCAAGGCGGCCGCUUUCGAGGUGCUCGUCGUUGGGGGAGGAGAAGCUGCGGCUUUAUACAGCGCUGCUCACCUCUCCAAAGCCAAACCAGGAUUACUUGGAUUGUCUUUGAUAUGGUGGUCGGGUAGUGUUAUGGCAACUUACUGUGUGGAUGGGUCAUGGGUUGCUAUUAUAUGCGCCAAGAAUGCUGAUUUCAUAAUAUGGUAAUAGUAAGUAUGUUAUUUAGCUUA